AUGGACCAUCGACACAGUCACUCUCAAGCAGAUCUCAAAGGGUUCUGCGCCCGUCCUCAACGACGAAGGCCUGUGGCUGGACUCAUCAGGGGAGACUUUCUUUGCCUACGGUGGUGGGACCUCCUACGCCUAGGCACCGAUAGCCUUUACGAUGUCAACCUCGUGACCAUCAGUGUGCCAGGCAUGGUAAUGUUUGACACAUUCUCGCAGAAUUGGUACAAUCUUUCGACGGACGCCAUCAGCUACUUCGGAACUGCAGUCAAUGGCGCGACUCAUUUCGUGCCUUCGUUCGGUCCGAAAGGCCUGCUUUUCAUGCUCGGCGGAGUCUCUCCUUCUGGGCGUAUCGUCUCCUGGCCAGAUACAUUUGAUCAUCCUGGAUUCCCUUUCGACAGUCUUUGGAUGUUUGACCCCUGGUCACAACAAUGGCUAUCUCAAUCGACUUCGGGUCAAGCACCAGCAAGCGUGCAAUAUCCAUGUGCUGUUGGAUUAGAAGGUGACGACGAUACAUACGAAAUCUUCAAGAUUUUCGUAUACGGCGGAAUCUCAGACGACGUUGCCGGCAGCUUAAGCUUGGGCUCUGGCGCCGUCUACGUGCUUUCCUUGCCCUCAUUUCACUGGACACGACAGGAUGAUACCCCACAAAACACUCGCAGGCUUCAUACGUGCAAUCUUGCGGGCAACCGGCAGAUGAUUGUCGUGGGCGGCGAGAUCAUCACCGCCAACUCCAAUGUUACCAAAGAUCCGUGGCCCGUUGGCGUUGGUGUAUUCGAUUUGUCGGACAUGAAAUGGCGCGAUUCGUACGAUCCAUCCGCUUCGGAGUACGUCACGCCGCAAGCGGUCAGGACUCACCUGAAGAGCAGCGGGCGCUACCCUUCCAGUUGGUCGGACGACACAGUGAAAUCUUGGUUCAUAGGGGAGCCGAAUUCUUCCUCCGCCUCGACAUCGUCUUCAAAUAGCUCCGACGACUCGACGAACGUUGGCGCGAUCGCCGGAGGGGUGGUUGGGGGGGUUGUCGGCCUUGCAGCCAUCGUGGCGUUGAUCUGGUUAGUGUUGCGGAAGCGCAAGAGCACCAGUGCAAGCCAGAGCGCGAGCCCGGAGUACAUGGACUUGAGUGAAAGAGGCUCACACUCCACGGGGGAGGCCAAGGUCGAGCUGGACUCCGAGCAAGGUGCUUAUGAGAUGGAGCAGCCGCACAAGCCGGUGGACAUGGAUAACGGAGUAGUAUCGGAGUUGGAGGGCAGCUGGAAAGGUCAUGGGUAUCAAGAUACGAUGGGUCCGGGUGAUCGGACUUCUGGCGCCCGUUGA